GCUCCCACACUACUACAGCAAGCAACAACCAGUCAAGAAGAGCAGAAAACCAACCACACAUGCUUGCUCCUAGUGCUGAGGAGCAACAUAUCAACAAGAAGUGCAGAAACAAUGAGACCAGGGGCAGGUUUCAAUGCGACGGCGGCAGCAACAAAGGCUGCGGUAGCCCCUCUGGCCGCCGGCGCCGCGCACUCCGCGUGGCACUCGCCGGUGCCGUACCUCUUCGGUGGCCUGGCCGCGAUGCUGGGACUCAUCGCCUUCGCCCUUCUCAUCCUCGCCUGCUCGUACUGGAAGCUGUCCGGGUACCUGGAGGGCAGCGCCGGCCGCGGUGACGCCGAAGGUUCCGCCACCGACGGCGCCAAGCCGGUGGCCUCGGACCUGGCGCCAGCAGCGUGGGAGGAGAAAGUACUGGUGGUCAUGGCCGGGGACGUGGAGCCGACGUACCUGGCCACGCCCAUGUCAAGCAGAGACCGUAGCGGCAAGGGAGGAGAGGAAGAGAAGAAGGUGUCCAUGGUCGCCAUGGCUAGCACCAAGGAUGCUGGUAAUGGUGAGCACAGUCAGAACCAGAGAGAACGAGACGACCACCACUUCCCCGAGGUGUGAGUUUUGCAUCCUGUUCCUUUUUAGGCUUAGGUGAGCUGGCAGUGAAGCCUUUUGAUUCUUCCAAAUAGGAGAAAGUUCAUCUGCAGUUCUGGACUAUGCAGGGAGAGCGUAACCCCGAUCAGAGCCAUGUUUUUCGUGGGGUUCUUCAGUUUUUGCAAUGACCAAAUCGAUUAGAUCAGCAAUCAAGGUCAUGUUUUUGCGGAUUUAUCUCUAACUUUUGCUAUAACGGGAGUGGAAUUAGAGCAUGAGAAAUGCAGCUUUUGAUA